GAAUGUUCGUCCGUUCAGAAAGAAUAAAGUAGUAUGAAAACAAAAUGAUGGAAAAUAUUAAUUUGUAAGAAGCCACAAUUAAUACAAGAUGGUAAAUUCCACCGCGUUCUUGACAAAAGGCUAAUUUCGUGGCGCGCUUCAUUUCAAAAUGGACGUCUCCGCGGUCAAUACACGGUCUGCAAGAAAACGGAAAUCAGAUGAUGACCAGAAUGUGGUUAUGUCAACGAUUACGAAGCAUAAGAAGAGACAGAAGCGGCGCUCAAGUUUUAUGCGAUCGCGUUCGCGGAAGUCUUUGCCCCCAGUUAAUAUAGAAAGCUCAGAAAUCCAUCAGAAAAUAGCAACAGAUAUCCCAGAAGAAAAGAGACUGGAACAGUUACAGCAGUCAAGUUUUGAGUAUACCAUGCAGAAGCUUAUGGCUGAGAUACCUCUCUUUGACUCUGACAGUGAGCUACAAUGUAAAAUGAGGAAAGCUUUUGAAGACACACUAGCAGAUGUGGCUAAAUCUGGCAUCCUCACUCAUGCAUGCAAGAAAAAUAGUUUGGAGCCCAAUCCAUCCAACCUGGAGAUGAAUGAAGUCUUGAUCAAGAUGCAGUCUCAUAUCAGAAGACUGACGGAAGAAGGAGAGAAGUGGGAUAGGUUACAGCAGGACCACACGCAGUCGACCCUUGAUGCUGAGAAGAUCGCUGCAUCAUCGUCAGAACCUACCACAGUGUCCAAGGCUCCGGACAGCUUGACCAUCCAGCAGAGAAAGCUACUGGCUGACCUACCAGACCUUGGGAGCCUAGCAGAAUGGACAAAAACUUCAGCCGAGGAAACGGCUCUACAGAUUGCCAAAGUACACCAGACUGGCAAACAGAUGAUGAAGUACAAAGAUUCAAUGGAGGGUUAUCUCCAACACGAACUUGAGAUAUUUGCUGUGGAGUCUUUUGAUGGCUACCAAGAUAUCAUGGAUCCCAGAAAGUUGCUCUCCAAGGCUGGAACAAAUGCCCAAGAAAGCCAAGCCUAAGCCGUCCUUGUAGCAAUGAACUGUGCUGAUGCAGUGUUAUCAAAGAACAGACCGUGGUCGUGUUUGACAAGUGGCUUUGCUUUGAGUUCAUUUUGGCUGUAAGUAAGCCAACUGUAUGAACAUACAAAGUAUCAAGACAUCGCUUAUUCCAGGAAGCUGCUCACAAAGGCUGAAACCAAUGCCCAAGGAAGCCAAGGCUAACUUCACUUGUAGCAAUGGGCUUUGGCCACCACUGACUGGUGAGUGGCUAUAUGUUUGAGAUCAUUUGGGCUGGGAAUAAGCCAGCAGUAUAUGUAAAAUCCCAAGAAGUAACGGAUUCUAGAACAUCGCUCUAGAAGGCCACAACAAAUGCUCAAGAGUAGGUAUGCAUCUUGCUAAUGCAGUGCUCUGGAGAAAAAAAAACAUUAUCUGACUUGUAGAAACUUCUGAUUUUCAUCUAAUACCAACUUUGCUGGAAGUAAGCCAGGUUAGCCAGCUGUGUAAAUAUAAGUAGUACCGAGAUAUUAGUGCUAACAGAAUGUUGCUCACAAACGCUUGAACCAAUGCUCAAGAAAGCGACGUCUUUGACUUUUAGCCUUAUCACUAGUCAUAAGUUGAGUCAAUGCUGUGUUAUUGAAAAACAGACUAGCUUUAAGAAACCAGCAGCUUUUACUUGACAUCAUUUACAGACCAGUGGCUUAUAUCUGCUAUAAUUAGGCUUGGACUAAGCCGGCUGUGUUCCUUAUACAAUACACCAGUUUACGGUUAGGGGGGCCAUUUUAAUUCGCGAGUAAUUCGAGACCUAGAGGUCAUGUAUUUAUGCGUAAAUUAAGAUUGCGCCCAUGCAAAUUAUGAUGACAUCACUGCCUACGCGCUGCGUUGUGCGCGCACAUCAUCAUUUGCAUCGGCACAAUCUUAAUUUACGCAUAAAUACAAUUAAAAUGGCGCCCAUGUCUGCGCAUGUGCACUGAUGUAACCGUUAACCGGUGUAUUGAAGACAUGUUGACCUCAAGACAAUGGUCUCAAAGUUAAUGGUCAUAAAAGUUCAGCCAAACCUGCUCUAGUGUCCAACUAGCCAAUGACAUGCUGAUGCAGUCUUAUCAAAGAAUGUACGGUGGCUUCAGCUGACUAAUGGCUAUGGUUUGAGAUCAUUUGGAUUUGAUAAAAGCCAGCUUCCAUUAAUUUCCCAUUCUAUCUAACAUAGCAAAAACAAAUACAUACUAAAUGUCAAUUAA